GUCGAGUUUUUAUUAAUUGUCAGCCAUGUUUGUUUGUCUCCCAUUUUAUGUAGGCCUUUUACGAAGAGAAAUGCAUUUUAGUUUAAAUCAAAUUCGGUUUGUCAGUUUGUUGUCUUUAACGUAUUCUUCAAAAUUAUUCUUAUCGGGGUAUAUAUUUUGGUUCAGCGAAAAAACUAAAUCGUCCGGGGUCUGCUGAUUUUGAACUCUUGUACUAAAAGCCGCAUUACUUUCGGUCAGGCCGUAGUCUUCUUAAUCGUAUGCUGAAGGAAAGAUUAGGUUCUUGCUCGGCUUAAGUCUUCAACUUUAGUCAGUUGACAUAGAAAGGAUCCUUUGGUUACGCCUAAAGCUGCAAUGAGAUCUUCCUUAAAGUAUUUCUGUACUUAAACGAUGAACUGUUUCACGGUUUGAAAUCGAAAUUGGGUAGCUUUUCCCGAAAAUUUUGACGAUUUUGUAUAAUCUGAUGAUAAUAAUCUCUGCCAAAAUGUUAGUGCAGAAGUUAUAUCGUCAGUGCUGAGAUAUCAUGGAAAAAACUUUCUUCCAACUUGAAAGGGGAAGUGCCUAUGAGAUGUAGUAUUAAUCUAAACUUUCACAGAUUGUGAAACUAAUUUUACUAUCAGGAAUUGAAAAACUGGACAAUAAGACUAGAAUGAGGCCAUUAUAAAGUGAAACGGUAGUUGGGUACAGAAUUGCAGGCAAUUCUCUUUGAAGUUAUGUGCACUUUCAGUAUUAUUGAAAAGUGUUUCAUAUUGAAGUUUUUUUUUCUGUAAAUUGAAAGUUAUAGAGUAUUGAUCUUCUUUUCAGAGUGUCAUCAUUGUAGCAAACAUCAAAUAUCAGUUGAAAAUUCUGGGAUACUUUUGCAUUUGCUGAUUAUUAAGGCAAUUAAUUUGACCUUGAAAAUUAUCUAUAUUUUGUGGUGAUGAUCCCUCAAGAUUACUAGCUUUUGCAAGGGGAUCUUUGAGGUAUACAGUAAUGGGCUGUCUUGUACAAAGUGCCAAGAAAUACUGUUGGUUUACUUUCUACUUUAUAUGCGAUUAAUUUUGGUUUUAUAUCAAACUUCCAGUUUUUUAUAUGUUUAUGUGGAAGUUAUUGCAUCCUUAUAAUUGCAUGUUUUUUUCAACAGAGAAUAAAUAUCCUUAAAGAUACAGGAAAAAGGGGUUGCAGUGUGCUUGGGUAGCACAUCAGUUUUUGUUCUGUGACCUUGUAAAAGGGUCAAAUUGUGUUUAGCACUAUUAUUAGGUUAAUAAUGGCAUAACCUACAUUUUUAGCCCUUUUUGUUAGCUUUUUUUUAGUUAUAUAAACUAAAGGCUUAGCUUAGAACAAAGAGGCUCCUUGUUUAUGUAUAGAUAAGGGGUCUGGUAUGUAAAACCAGUUAGCAUCAUUGGCCUAGAAAGAUAUUUAAAACUUAGAAGGGCAUAAUUGUUGGGAGGGCACCUUUCAUGGUUACUUGGCACCAAAAUGUGCUGGCAAAAAGAGCAAUAUAGCAAAGAAAAUCAACUUCAGAAGGAGAAUGGGUCUUUCUGGAAAAUAUUUCAGGCAGGUUGCAUUGUAAAGUAUUAAAUAAGAGUUUCUUGACUAGCCACAUUUUAUAUGGGCACGCCACAAGUGUGCUUCUGGCAAUGAAACAAUUAGAUUCGAUGGAAGGAAGAGCAAUGACACCAACUGGGAAAGUCAAUCCCCUGCAAACCCAGAUGACGUUGCAACAGCUGCAAAAAAUGGCGGAGAAGCAACGGCAGCAAAUUCUAAGGAACAACCAGCAACUCAUCGAGAAGCAACAACGUCUAAAAGAGAUGCAUUCUGGGAAGAAAAUGUCACAGGGAUCACCAAAGCCAAACCAAAAUGACAAGUACGCUGCGAAAUUAAGAGAGACUUACCAAAAUCAUAUUUCAAGGCUGCGGAUGGUGAAAAUGGCGAAGGAUGAAAUCGACUCACAAAAAUUUAACAACAUUGAGCUAGCUCAUGAAUUAGAAAGAGUUCAAGAAAUUUUCAAGGCAAAGCAGAAAGAGCUUGUUUUUGCUGCUGCAAAGGUAGACAAUCUAACACAACAACUAGAUGGUCGAAGAAUGGGUUUGUCUAGCGCAAGAGCAACACCUGAGAAGCUGAACAGACGCCGGAAGAUCAGAGCUGCCAAGGAAGAGCUGGACAAAUUGAGGAAGGAGUUAUCGUCAAGAAACGAAGUAAACAACGAACAAGAGCUGCAACUUCAGCUCCAAAGAGAAUCUUUAACUGAGAAAAGAAAAGAACUCUCAGAAUUGGACAAAAAGAUUCAUUUGUUGGGAAGCCAGCUACAUCAGAAAGAUGCAUCAGAUUGCGAGUCAGACACAUCCACAUCAUCUGAGCUUUUAAAUGGAGAUGUCAACGGAAACAAUAGAUUCGGAGCAAAUCAAAUAUUUGACACGCUUCAAAGGAAAAGAAUUAACGAUGGUAUGUUACAGAGGCCUGAAGCCCAACCCUAUACCAACGGGAAAGCAGCUGCAGUCGGUGCCACUGAACCAAAUGUUGUACCAUAUACGAGGAGAGGCAAAUUCUAUGUUGCUCCAGAUGGUAGAGAGUUUGACAGGCCUCCGACUGUUGAAGACUACCCGCAGUUUCUAACAGGCUCGUUAAACAAUCUGGUUGCAUCUCCAGCAUCAUCCACGCUGCCAGUUAGGUCAGCCUCAAGCGAUUCUUUGCCGAAUUUAAGGGGCAGUAGUCCGCAUCUCCCACGGGCACGGACUGACGUGUUUCCGAUGCUACAAGUCAACACGAGCAAUGGUCAGCUGGCCGGGCUGCCAAGGAGUAACAGCGAUGUAGCAACUACUUCUUUAGCUGCAAAACACAAAUUCAACGUCCAUUCCCCGUCCUCGUCAAUUUCCUCAUUAUCGUCUGUAACAUCGUUUGAUGCAGAGACUUAUAAGCAGCAAAGAAACGCAAUAGUAAGCACGGAGGUCGCGAAGCCAAAUGAGUCAGAAAUCUGGAAUGAGAAAACUGACUUCAGAACGUCUUCACCGAUAAUGUCUGGGAAGAUGGAAGCAGCCGCAUACAAAGAUGCUGUCCUGAGUGCAUGCCAGGAUGCCUGGCUGGGCACUGCCUCGCGAUAUCUUGACUCGCCAAAGACUGACUGCACUGAAUCAAUGACAUUCCAGAACAAAGUGUCUUCAAAGCAGGUAGUACCCUUUUUGGAUGGACAUAAUUUUGAAACUGAAGAAAUAGAUAUUACCAAACCUGCAGAGGACGAAAAACCACCCCCUCUCCCAAGGAAGUCAUCAAAACCUCCAGAGCUCCCUAAAAAGCCACCAGUAGCGCCAAAGCCUGCCCUACCACCUAAAAAGAAAACCCUAAUAGACCAGGCGGAAAACAAGCCUGCUGAAAGCAAACCAACGGAAAGCAAACCUGAGGAGAGCAAGCCAGCGGAAAAUAGGCAGGAAAGCAAUGUUGAAAGUGCAGAAGAAUUCGUGCGAACAUUUUCUCAUUCAAAACAACCAAACAUGAGCGAGCUCAGUGACCAGCUAAACAAAUUGUCAGUUCACGAAUUAGUCGAUCAAUUUAGAGAAACGAUUCCAGCCGUGAAGCAGCCAGUUGUCAAGCAAAUUGGCAAAGAUCACUAUCCUGGUGCCGGAGAACUUAAAGCAGAUGUGGCUAAGGAAGCAAUGCGAAACACUGAUGCAGAAGGAGAUGAAACUAUGAUGUCAGACUCAUCCGGGCUGAUGCAAGACUCUUAUGAAAUGCAAUUUGCAGACAUUGACAUGAUAAGUGCUACUCAAAAUGAUUUGCUGCCAUAUCUAAAUCAGGUUAUCAAUGAGCAACCUUUUGAUCAAUCAGAAGACGAAACGAGUUCUCAGACGUCGGAAAGUGAGAGAGUCAUUAUGCCGGUGAUCAUCAACGUGCCACCAGAGAAGCUUCCACCAACAAUUUUGAAAAAGCCUGGCAGGGAUAAUAAAAAGCGAGGCAGAAUACAGCUGGACCCACAUGCCCUGUUGCUCGACGCAGCUCUGGAAGGAGAAAUGAAAUUAGUUAAAGAAAUGGUCAACCGGGUGCCGGAUCCGAGCUUUGCUAAUGCUGAAGGCAUUACUGCCCUUCAUAACGCCGUUUGUGGCAAUCACAAAGAUGUUGUGCGGUUUCUUGUUGAAAUUGGCUGCGAUAUCAAUUCUCCUGAUAACAAUGGAUGGACACCACUACAUUGUGCAGCAUUCUACAAUGACGUUGAUUUGUGCACGUUUUUAGUUGAGCAUGGGGCGUCAGUUUUUGCCAUGACAUACUCCGACAGACAGACCGCAGCCGAGAAGUGCUCGCGUCUUGAAGAAAAUUACGAUCAAUGCUUCGGCUAUUUGCACGAAUGCAAAGAACAAGUUGGGCGGGUGAACAGCGGCCAGGUAUGCUCUUUGUAUGACUACACAGCAGAGAGAGAGGACGAACUAAGCUUCCACUGUGGCGAACAACUGACAAUAGUAAGGAGGGGUGACGCCAAUGAAAGAGAAUGGUGGUGGGCAGAAAACAGAAAGAGAGAAUUUGGAUAUGUGCCAUAUAAUUUGCUUGGGAUUUACCCAAGAAUCGCUGGUGAAGUGUAAAUACACCGUAAGAAAUGAAUCAAAGCAUUUGAAACCUGAAUUCUACAAAGUACCAUCAAUAAUUUUAUUUACUGUUUUCGUAUUUACCCAGAAUAUGUUAAUAGAAAUGGCAAUUUUUCUAGUUUAGAAAUGCUCCUAUCGUGGCAAAUUGACUGGGUUUGCGUGAAAUAGUAAUUGUAGCAUUCAUAUGUUUGUAAAUCUGGUCG